GAACAAACCUUGAGUGGCCUCAGGGACCACGCUGCUCGUCCCACGGCCUGGGCUGCAGCAUUUCUGCCCGAGUGCAUUAAAUCGCACCACCGUCAAAAUGCCGCGCACAGAGCGGAAUAGCCGGAAUUGAUGGGCAUGGGGGCGGCAGUGUUGCAGUACAGGCGACGCCGCCUGCGCGGCAAGCGCCCGCGGUCCCCGGGGGCCAGGACAGCGUCGGCCGCCUCGCCGCCAGGACCGUUCCCAGGCGGCCGCGCGGCGCCGCGGGCCGUCUGCCCGGGCGCCGGGGACGCCGCGGCCGCCCGGCGCCGCCUCCGCGGGAAGCAGCCCGCCGGCCGGACCUGCGCGGCGGCGCAGGUGCCUGGCAGGCGGCCGCAGGCGGCCGCCGCGGCGGAGGUGCCCGGCAGGUGGCUGGAGCGCAGCGCCUCGGGGGAGCUGGUCUGGGUCGUGUGCGCCCCCGCCCAGCCGCGCGCGGGGCCCGGGGCCCCGCCCCCGGCCGCGCGGGGAGCAGCCCCGGAGGCGCCGCCGCUGCCGCAGGACGCCCCAGGCGAUGCAGCGUCCUCCAGCAGCACGGGCGCUCCCGGGCACCAGUUGGCGCCGCUGGGCUUCGACGCGCUGGCGGAGGCUCUGGACAAGGUGCGGGCGAAGGUGUCGGAGGCGUUGGCGCUGCGGCGAGAGGAGGUGCCCUCGGAACAUCGAGACUCGUUGCCGGACCUGGCGCUCGAGAUCGCGUGGGAGUUCCGCAGGCAGCUCCCGAAUCCGUACGCGCAGCUUCGCGCGCUCCUGUGGAACCUGCGUGACCCGAAGAACCCAGAUUUUGUAAGGGGCGUGGCGUCUCGAGAAGUCCUCCCCGAGCAGCUCCCGACGCUGGCGCCGCAGGAGAUGGCGAGCGCCGGCAAGCGCGCGGAGCGCGCCGCGCUCUUGGAGAGGGCCGCCCGCGAGGUGACGCUGGCUCGGGGCGUCUCGGGUGCGAUAGACAGGAACGCGCUGGAGUCCUUCAGAGCGCUGAAAACCAGGUGAUGCACGCAAGGCAUGGCCAGUCUCGCCAGAUUUGAGGGGCGCUCUUUCUGUUCGUAGCUUCUUUGUGCGUGUGUGUGUGUGUGUCUGACACUUAGACUGCUGCUGGCUCAUUGGUGUUGUUCGAUGGCGCAGUGUGUUUUCGUUCAGGUCAAGAUGCAGGUGCAGGUUUGAAAGACACCUCUCGAAGAAUGAAUGGUGCAGCGUGUCUUCGUGUAGGUCCAGAUGCAGGUGCAGGUUUGAAAGACACCUCGCUACGCUUCACCCGUGUCCGAAGAAGAAAAGCGCCAUAAACAUAACAUUGUGACGCUCCGCGCGUUUCACCUGUGCGCCCACACGUCAGGCACAGGCUUGACCAUGGUUUAUCCCAGCUUCUCCGCCCCAGCUGCCCACCGAUGAUUACACCAUGUACGUGCCGCCACCUGUUCGCCUGAGACGCCAGUCAGGAGGAGAA